UGAUGUCGUCUCUUCUGAGGGAGGAGAUGCAGAGAGUUUUAUUCCGACCUGCAAAACAGAGACUGGUGGAGUUUAUUGAGAUUGAAGAGCCGACGCACGGAAGACAUUUUCUCUGCGUCUCAGUUGCAAAAAACAAAGUGGUGCAGUUAUGUAUAGUGCGAUGUCAGAUAUCUCAGACGUCCCUAAAGUCCGGAUCCAAGAGGUCCCACACCAAACGCUCCAGCAUACAGGAGUGCUACAGGAGGACGGAAGUCUGGUCCCUGAAAGACCUGACUCUUGUUGAUGGACGGGACCCUGAUGUGGAUGACCCCUGUUUCGAGCUGCACUUUGACAAGGUGCGUACAGUGACGGCCGUCAGCUGCUCAGCCAAAUACUCGUUCGCACGUGCCCUGGUUGCCCUCAGUGACCAGUACUGUCAGAGGCCACUGAACCUGCGGAACUAUGACUGGACCUACAUCAAGCCCACCUCCUUUUACUCUAACAGAGGAGACUGUGUUGUUCUGACACAGAUAUGCUUCUAUGCAUUCAAUUUGGUAUGUCUGUCCAUGUGUCCCGUGCCUCUGGAUGCAUAAUGGAAUGACACAAUGAUUGUAUGUGUGUCACUUAAGGUGUGUGUAUGUUAGACAGCUGUACAGGUUUACUGUAUAUAACUUGUGUUGUAGGAGGUGUGAAGUGAGUGUUUGUGUGGUUUGUGGUCUCUGUUACACUAAGGGCUUAUUGAAAUAUCUCUUUCAUUAAUACUCUGCUGAAUGUAUCUCCAUGGCAAAGGCAAGUUUCAAGCAGCUUGGUAUUUGUUAACUGUAUAAUCUACUUUUGUGAUCUUUUGAUUACUUAUCCC